CCCCCUCGGCGGAAGUCUCGCGAGAGCUGCGGCGGGAUGUGCGGCGGCUGUGUGGGCACCGAGUACCCGGAGCGGGGCACCACGUGCCUGGAGGGAGGCUCCUUCCUGCUCAACUUCGUGGGGUGCGCGCAGUGCGGCCGCCGGGACCUGGUGCUGCUGAGCAACCGCGCGGCGGGGCUGCACGGAGGGGAGGAGAUCGUCACCUACGACCACCUGUGCCGGAGCUGCCACCACCUCAUUGCUCGCCACGAGUACACCUUCAGCGUGGUGGACGACUACCAGGAAUACACCAUGCUGUGCCUGCUCUGUGGCCGGGCUGAGGACUCCAUCAGCAUCCUCCCUGAUGACCCCAGGCAGAUGACUCCUCUCUUCUGAAGCCAGUUUGGAUCCCACCUGGAUGUGGUGGAUGCCGAAUGCUUCCAUGCUCCCAUACCCGCAUCCCAGCUCCAGGAAGAGGCAGGAGCACCACAACUGAGCCUCCCCCCAUGUGCUGAAAACAUGAAGGGGUCCCCAGCUUGUUAUCACCCCACAAAGGGGUCCCAAAGGGUGCUCACCCCACCUCAGGAACCCACAUGUGUGGGGCAAUAAACGUGACGUGUUACA